AUGGCUAAGCUUCAUAAUUAUUAUGUAUUAUGUCCCCUUAUUGAUCAAAAAAGUUUCUUAGGUGUAUCACAGGAUAAGGAAACUACAAAUGUUAUAGUAACUCUUGGCCGUAAUGUUGUACAUAAAUAUAGGCUUUCAGAUCAAAAGCUAAUUGUUGGGUGGACUUCAAAAGACUACAUAACAUCUACGGUUAUUUAUGAUAAAGAGCAAGAUGCUUAUGUUGGGAUUUUCAAUAACAAUGCAAUUAAAAGUUGGAAUGAGGAAUGUGACAACUUAGACAAAAUUAAGAAACAUAAAUUUCCAAUAAAUAUUUUAAAACUUUUAACAAGAGGAGAUCAGUCACCAUUAGUUAUAUUUUCAAAUGGCAACUGUGCUUCCCUGUCUUAUGCCAUGGACAAUAGAAAGGGUUUUGAAAGUAAAUCACUGGUCAAAGAAAUAGAUAUCAUCAUUGAUGCAGCAUACUAUAACUUGAAUAAUACAUCAAACAUUUGUUAUAUUCUUAAAAAUAACAGUAACUAUGAAAUAUUUACAUGUCCAUUGAGAGAAGAGUUGGGAGAUUUGGAAAAAUCAAAAGUACAUAAGGUUAAAAUAUUGAGACCUGAAGAUGUGCAUAUAGUUGGCCACCUUAUUAGCACUACUGAAAAACUUGGUGUUUAUAUUUUAUGGAGUGAUGGGAAAUUAACAGUUUAUGAAUUGGAUAAAAGGAGUUGGCGAACAAUUGGAUCAGUUCCGUGGAUAUCCACUCAUUACAGUGUUUCUAUUGCUUGGAUGGGAAAAAACCAUUUAAUACUUUUUGGUAGCAAUAUAGAACAGGAUGGAGCUAUAAUUGUUGCUUACAAUAUAGUACUUGGUGUUGGUUCCUGCAAGUAUCCAAUGAAAAUGUAUACAGAAGGUGCAAAAUUAUACUGUUUCGAUAACCGCAUUAUAUUGGAAGCUUCAAAUCAUAUAGGAAUGUUACCUUAUGUUUUAGAAAUUAAAAGAAACUUAUCCAGUCUGCUUGGCUCACAUGAAAUAACUAAAGAUGUAUGCACAGAAAUUGCUGAUUGGGAUACUCCGACAAAACCCAUAUUUAAAUUUAGUGAAGAGAUAAAAGACCUUCUUAGUCUAGGCUUAACUGAAAGAAAUAUUUGUGCUCAAGUCAUACCACCUUUGCUAGAAAAAGAUGACUUCAGGCAUAUUUUAAAAAUAUUAAAAGAUUUUAAAGAUAUUCCAGAAUCAGUUUUAGUUCUGUUGCUCUCCUACGCUGUUAAAUUAGUUAAUCCAAAUAAAAUUGAUAUAACCAAUAAUGAAGAGCUUAUCAACACAUGUUCAAGUAAUAUAGACUCAAAAGAAAAAAGAACUGGUCAAAAGGCUAAAUUAGAAUUUCUUAAUUAUCUGCUUCAAAUUCCUGUUAGUGAUGCAAUUUUAAUACCCUAUUUGAGGAAUGGUUUGAGUCUUGAUGAAGCUUUGUUCCUCAUGAGCUAUAUUUCAUAUUUACUUGUUGACUCAGAUAGGAAAAUUGAAAUGGAUUACGAAAGCAAAUUGUUUGACUGGUGCACCUUACUUAUGGAUGCUUUUUAUCAACAAUAUGUGAUGACUACAGAUGUAAAGGUUAAAUAUGUUUUGGAUACAAUGCAAAAGAUUGUUGAAAAUCUUGUUGAUCAAUUAAUGUUAGUUGAUAGUAUUUUACCUCAGUUACAUCAGGUUGUCUCUGGCAAACAGAUGGAAAAUAAUGUUGAUGAGUUAUUGUCAUAUACUAUUGAGUUGAUGGAAAUAUAG